GAACUUUAAUUCCCACAAAGAUGAACAUAGAUGACUACCACCUGACAGGACUUCCCUUCUCCUCCUCUGCYGACACUCAUGCCUGCUGUGGAAUAGCACCAGAGACUGGAAAGAUGGCACUGAGCAGAUGUGAAAUGAAUAUUCGUUAUUGAUUGCAGAAUGUCUGACAGAGCUGGAGGAAAGAACUGAAAUCUGAUACAGAAGUCCAGGCCCAUUUUCUCUCAACCUGUUCCUCUAAACUUUUGCCGAAUUGAAACUUUGAAUAAUGAUGCUUUACCUGGAAAAACUCUGUGUGUAAAGCUGCUCAAGCCCAAUGCAGAUUUUUACUUCAAAAGAAGACUGGAAGAGACUUCUGAAAGUGACACUUUCUGCUGCCACUCCCGCUUACUUUCGAGGAUUUACGCUGAUUGCCCUCAAGGAGGGUAAAGAAGGGGACAARGAAGAAGACCAUGCGGGAACGUUUCAGAUUAUAGAUGAAGAAGAAACACAGUUCAUGAGCAACUGCCCCGUUGCUGUUACGGAGAGCACCCCUAGGAGAAGGACGCGUAUUCAGGUUUUCUGGACAGCCCCUCCUACUGGCACAGGCUGUGUUAUUCUGAAAGCCAGUAUUGUGCAGAAGCGCAUAAUCUAUUUUCAAGAUGAAGGUUCUCUCACAAAAAAAAUUUGUGAACAAGACUCGACCUCCGAAGGUGUGACUGACAAACCAAUUCUAGAUUGCUGUGCCUGUGGAACUGCCAAAUACAGGCUAACUUUCUAUGGAAACUGGUCAGAAAAAACACAUCCAAAAGAUUUUCCACGACGAACCAACCAUUGGUCAGCAAUCAUUGGCGGUUCCCACUCCAAGAACUACAUCCUUUGGGAGUAUGGAGGAUAUGCCAGCGAGGGUGUCAAACAAGUUGCAGAGUUGGGGUCCCCAGUAAAGAUGGAAGAAGAAAUUCGACAGCAGAGCGACGAGGUGCUGACGGUGAUCAAGGCGAAGGCGCAGUGGCCAGCCUGGCAGCCGCUCAACGUGAGAGCUGCUCCCUCUGCUGAGUUUUCUGUGGACCGGCAUCGGCACCUGAUGUCCUUCCUCACCAUGCUGGGGCCCAGCCCCGACUGGAACGUGGGCCUCUCGGCGGAAGACCUGUGCACCAAGGACUGCGGCUGGGUGCAGAAGGUCGUGCAGGACUUAAUCCCGUGGGACGCCGGCACGGACAGCGGCGUCACCUACGAGUCUCCCAACAAACCUACAGUUCCUCAAGAGAAGAUCAGACCUCUUACAAGCCUAGACCACCCCCAAAGUCCCUUUUAUGAUCCCGAAGGAGGCUCUAUCAAGCUGGUGGCCAGAGUGGUAAUUGAGAGAAUUGCCCGCAAGGGGGAGCAAUGCAAUAUUGUUCCUGAUAACAUAGAUGAUAUUGUGGCAGAUCUCGCACCAGAAGAAAAAGAAGAAGAUGACACCCCAGAGACCUGCAUCUAUUCCAACUGGUCCCCCUGGUCAGCCUGCAGCUCCUCCACGUGUGAGAAGGGCAAGAGGAUGAGGCAGAGGAUGCUUAAGGCGCAGCUGGACCUCAGCGUGCCCUGCCCCGACACGCAGGAUUUCCAGCCCUGCAUGGGCCCAGGCUGCAGCGAUGAAGAUGGUUCCACUUGCAUGAUGUCUGACUGGAUUACCUGGUCCCCCUGUAGUGUUUCCUGUGGCAUGGGAACGCGCUCUAGAGAGAGAUAUGUAAAGCAAUUCCCCGAAGAUGGCUCUAUGUGCAAAGUGCCCACUGAAGAGACUGAGAAAUGUGUUGUAAAUGAGGAGUGUUCCCCCAGCAGCUGCCUCGUCACYGAGUGGGGCGAGUGGGAUGAGUGCAGCGCCAGCUGCGGCUUGGGAACCAAGAGGCGCCACCGAAUGAUCAAGAUGACUCCUGCUGACGGGUCCAUGUGCAAGGCGGAGACCACGGAGGCCGAGAAGUGCAUGAUGCCCGAAUGCCAUACGAUUCCCUGCUUGCUGUCUCCUUGGUCGGAGUGGAGUGACUGCAGCGUAACCUGUGGGAAGGGAAUGCGAACCCGGCAAAGAAUGCUGAAGUCCGCCGCGGAGCUCGGGGACUGCAACGAGGAGCUGGAGCAAGUGGAAAAAUGCAUGUUACCCGAGUGCCCUAUUGACUGUGAACUAACCGAGUGGUCCCAGUGGUCCGAGUGCAACACGUCAUGCGGAAAGGGCCACAUGAUCAGGACGAGAAUGAUCAAAAUGGAGCCGCAGUUCGGGGGAACAGCCUGCCCAGAAACUGUCCAGCGCACCAAGUGUCGAGUACGGAAAUGCCUGCGCGGCCCCGGCCUGGAGAAGCGGCGAUGGAAGGAGGCGCGGGAGAAGAGGCGGAGCGAGCAAGCGAAGAAGAACGCGGACAGUGAGCAGUACCCAGUUUGCAGACUGAAGCCGUGGACUGCUUGGACAGAGUGCUCGGCGCUGUGUGGCGGCGGCAUUCAGGAGCGCUACAUGAUCGUGAAGAGGAGGGCCAAAACCACUCAGUUCACCAGCUGCAAAGACAAAAAGGAGCUAAGGGCAUGUAACGUUCACCCCUGUUAGCAGAGCAGCCGAGUGAUGCGCUGUGAGCUAAAUGGAAAGUCAACCUUGGUUUGGUUUUUUUAAAACAAACAUAUAUAAAGUGUAUAUUAGUUUUCAUUUUUGCAGUGUGGUUUGCUUUUUAGUCUUGCCGGAGCAAGAAAUGUAUUUUAUAAAUAUUUCCUCACAGAUUUAUGCUGAGAGUAAAUCUUUGAUACUCCAGCUGGCCCUUAAUGCAUAAAACUGGUAAGUCAUUGUGAAUCAUUUAACUGAAAUACAAAUGUAUCUGUGGCCAUGGAACAGCCAUAUACAAAGACUACUUGUAAAGAGAUGGGAUGCAUGCAUAUUAACAUAACUAGGUURAAGUGACAUGUUCCAUAUGUGGAAGGAUUGCUCUCGAGCUGAUUUCAAAAUCCAAAGCAGUGCCUAUGUGAGUAUGUAACUAUGCCAAGGAAUAAUUUCAGUAAUUUAAAGGUGCAUAUUUAUAUUUUUCACACUAUUGGCUUGAACUGAUGCUAUAACUACCCUAUAUUCUUUUCUUCCAAUAGAUGUUAUGGUACCUUGCAAAAUAACCUUUGUUUUUUUAAAAAUUAAAUAGGAAAUAAUCUGU